CAGCUCACACACACACAGCUCACACACACAGCGCACCGCAGCCGCUCGAGCUUCACUCGGAGUGUGAGGAGCAGCGGAGCAUCAUGACCAUCAACACGCUGACCCCCGCCGGAGUGCAGAGAGAGCAGAUGCCCUGCCUGACCAAGAUGGAGCGAGUGAUUGUGUCGAUGCAGGAUCCUGACAUGGGCAUUAAGAUGCGAAACCAGAGGCUGCUUAUUACUGUUAUACCUCAUGCCAUGACUGGUCGAGAUAUUGUGGAUUGGCUGAUUCAGAAGUAUUCCAUAACGGAAGAAGAGGCUUUACAUACAGGAAACUUCUUGGUGAAAUACGGCUACAUUUACCCGCUGAAGGAGCCUCGGAACCUGUGCUUAAAACAAGACGAAACACCCUAUCGCUUUCAGACACCAUAUUACUGGAUCUCAACCCGCUGGCCUGCGUCUGAGCUGGAUUAUGCAAUUUACCUGGCCAGGAAGAACAUUAGGAAACAAGGGGAGCUGAUAGAGUAUGAGAAGGAGUGUUAUAAUGCUUUACAUAAGAGGAUCAAUCACACCUGGGACUUCGUGGUGAUGCAGGCGAGAGAGCAGCUUAGAGCAUCCAAGCAGCGGAGGAAGUCUGACCGGAUUGUGCUGGAGUGUCAGGAACAAGCCUUCUGGCUAAUCAACAGACCUCCUCCAGGUGUAAUGGACAUAUUGGAGGAGGGGCCGGAGAGGAGGAAUGGGGCGAACACACGAGUACAACUGAAUGUCGAAUUCUACAAAAAAGAGAUUGAGCACAACAGAAAAAGUCUUGGACGGAAUCGAAUUAAGUCGUCAAUCUGUCUGGAAAGUUUUGUUAAGUACUGCGAACAGUACCAAGACCAUGACCCUAUAAUGCAAGGAUGCCUCCCCAGCAACCCUUGGAUCACAGAUGACAUCAUGUACUGGAACAUGAACGCUGAAAUGGUGCCCAUGCCAACCAAGCUGCGAGUGGAGCGCUGGACCUUCAGCUUUAUGGAGCUGCUAAACGACCCUUUAGGAAAGAAAGAGCUCCUUACUUACCUGGAGAAAGAGUUCAGUGCGGAGAACUUGUUAUUCUGGCAGGCGUGUGAAGAGGUGCGACAUGGUGAAGCCUCCAAAAUCGCAGAGAAAGUGGACGAGGUUUACAAGCAGUUCCUCGCACCAGGAGCCAGUCGCUGGGUGAACAUUGACAGUAAGACGAUGGAGAAAACCUUACAGGGCAUCAAGCAUCCUCAUCGCUUUGUCAUGGAUGAUGCACAAAUGCACAUUUACUUCCUUAUGAAGAAGGACUCGUAUCCUCGCUACCUGAAGUCUGAACUGUACAAGAAUUUAUUAGCGAGGGCUGUGGUUCCGCAGGAGACAAAGAAGAGUGUGUUCCCGUUCAUGCGUCGUCAGCGACAUUCAAGCCCUUCGCCGGCACUGGUGACACAAACUGCAGAGGACAACGGAAAGGCUCAGCCCAACACUGGAAAGACCAACACCGGAACUGCUGCUCAGAUUUAGUCCUUCACACAUGAUACAUUAUUUACAUGUUAGGUAACUGUUACCAUUCAGUCAUACACAGCAUGGAGCUACAACUCAGAACUCCUACUGUAUCCUUAUUAUAUCAUUUCCUGAAAUCUAGGCUCAUACCAAACAACUGAAAUGUUGCUGAAUUGCACUAUCCCUUAUUCACCUUUCCCAUCACAUUCACCUUUUCGUCACAUGCACAAGGCUGUACUGUUUUUAUAGGAUUAGUUUAAUUACAGCAAUAAUACCAUUUUAUUAGACCAGACUUCUCUUAUGUAUUUGUCCUUCAAAUAGUAUAUUUUCCUCCUAUGCAGGUAUGUUUGUUGUUUUAGUCACCUAACAUUACUCAUAUAAUACCCUUAAUAUUUAUUUAUUCGAAGCAUUAUUCACAAUAAAUAAUUAGACUGGUUUAGACUGAUAUGAGUAAUAUAUAGAACAGUAGUAGUGUGUCAUGCAUGUGUAAAGCAACAUAUCAGUCAUCUCUGUAUGAUUUGUAGACAUCUUGAAUGCGUGCCAUGCAAUCUGUGCCAGGCUCCACCCCAUUAAUCUUAAAUCUUAUCGAGCCGUUCCUGCAGAUUGUGCGGUAGAGAUGAUGUGCUGAUAACACAUCCAACAGUAUCUCACACAUGUUCAAUCUGGGGUCUGGCGACAAUAUUAAGCUGGCCACAAUAUACAGUAGUAUCUGUGUCUUGGGCAUGAGCAUUGUCUGGUUUAAAUAGUGCACACGAGUGUGUGUUCAGAAAAGGAAGGUUGUAGGACCUCAUUAACAUAGCAGUGGGCUAUACAGAGCAGAGUGCCUGUAAUAAAGGACAAAGGUGAUCUGGCAUCAUAAAAAAUUGCACCCCACUCUAUAACACCAGGACUUAUGGACGUGUGGCAUUAAGCCGUUCACAGUUUCUCCUACACAGAUUCAUUGGUCAUCUCUGCCAUUUUUGAGUCCCUCUAUGACAGUCGGGCAUGACCCCACUGAGCGCAGUCAUUGUAUUGGUGCAGUCGUCUGGCAGUGGAAGACACACUGCUGUCUGAAUGAUGCAGUCAUGGCUGUUGGGUCACUCUGCACAUGCUGGGUGAGCUUAAAUACUCAGUCAGGUACAGAGAUGAUGAUUCUCGUUGCUUGGGUCACGUGCAUGGCCGAUCGUGAAUCAUGAAACGUUUGCAUGUCUCACAAUAUCAAACAAUCCCACCAAGUUUCAUUCCUGUCAGUUUAUUCCAUCAGUGUGGAGCUAUUAUUUAGACGAUGAGAGUUUAUAUAUCUUACUGUAACAAAGCCUUCCAGUGAGAGCAGACUGUUACCACUCUUACUGUUAUUAUUACUGUUUACAUUAGAAAGAAGACCCAUAAAAUGCAGAAUAUCUAUAAUUUAUAUAACUUUGACUUUAAAAGCCAUUUCAUUCAAUCAUGAUGGUAGAAAAGCUAGAAGAGAAGGUGGAAUGUCCAGGUUUUAGAUUUACUAAUUAAACUAAAACACUUAUUAUGAUAUUUUAGCGAAUGUGAUGUAAUCUUUAAUCUAGUCGACAUAUUCAGAAAUUUCUCAUUUUGAGUUGUAUGUUUUAACAUAUUUCCAGAUGUUUUAAAGUAACUGUAUGUAGUGAAAUUGUCUUUAUUCAAUUACUAUUUUUUUCUUGAAACAAGAUCAAUUUAAAUUUCAAUCUCAACUUAUGCCUUAAACACCCAAAUCAAGAAAACUAUCUAGGAAGAAGUUUAGCAAUCCUGCAAUAUACAUACAAUAUAAAAAUAUCCUAUGAAUCCAAAAAUUAUAUUGAGGUUUACAAGAUUAAAUAUAUUUCUCCCUUGCUCAAAUAUUCUUUUUCUUCAGUGUACAAACACUUACCUGUUACAUUAAUUACAAAUGUAUUUAUUGUCAUCUUAGAGCAUCUAAUACAUAAUUUGUCAGCCACCCUCUACACCAGUGAAUCCCAGUCGAAUUCAGAGAGAUAUUUAAAAGCCUUUGAUUACCCAAAAUUCACUGCACAAGUACAACAUACGCACUAUAAGGCAUACCGGAUUAUAAAGCACACUAUCAAUAAACGUCUAGUGUUUGGUCUAUGUUCAUACAUAAAGCACGCCGGAUUAUAAGGCGCAUUAUGCGACACUAGUAAGGAACAGGGGUGUCGCCAUGUUUUCCUUUUAAUUCAGCAGGUCUCACUGCUGGGCACCACCCAGUUGGUAACUAAGUUAAGUAAAGCUAAGUUAAGUAAACAAAACUGUAAUUUAAAAAAAAACAUUUUCUUUUAAAGUCUUUCUAAGCACUGGAUGUUAAUCUGAGUAAAGCACUUCUGUUUAAUUACAGUACGUUUAGAUUUUUAGAUUUCCACUAGGGCUGCGUGCAGCAAUAUUAUCAUUUGCAACUAACCGCUAGCGCUAACAGCCCAACAGUGCUACACUGAGGAAUCCUGAGUCUUCUGGUAACCCAGGGCGCUAACAGCUAGCAGUUCGCCCCACGUAGCUUGGUUUUAACAUGGAAAACAAGCAAACUACAGUCCAAUAAUACUCAACUCUAUAGAGUGAAAGAGCUAGUGCUGCUGUUAGCAGCUAAUGCUAAUACUGCUCUAGCCUCUGUGCUGAAGAAACUUCACUAAAACUCCUGUAUAAAGCUGCAUUUCAGUGAACUAGCUUUACGGCCCCUUACAACCUGACUAAUAAAAUGAUACAUAAGGUGCACUGGAUUAUAAGACGUACUAUCUUUUUUGGGGGAAAUUAAAGGAUUUUAAGUGCGCUUUAUAGUGCGAAAGUUGUAUUGAGAGAAGGCAAGAAUGGAAGAAUGGAAAGUCACUAAUUUGCAGGGCAGGUAGCGGCAGGACUAUGACUGAGAAACACUGGUAGAGGUUGAGGAAGAAGGUACAGAGAUUGAAUAAAUAUUUAAAAUAAAUACAGACAAACUAAUCUUUACUAUGCACUAAGAUGAAGCUACAAGGUAGGAGUUUCUAAUAAAGUGUCAAGUGAGUGAAUUAUACCAUAAUUAACAACUUGCCUAAAAAUGAAUUUUUGAAUCUUCGUAAUCUACUGUGUAGUAUUUAUAUAACUUCUAUUUAGAUAAAAUAUAGUAUUUAUAGAUGAUUUUUUCCAGACUCCAUGGAGCUUGUAUGAUCUUUUCCUGGCCUCUGUAAGCCUGCCUGCUUAUGAAUAAAGCACAGUAAUGAACCAUU